AUGGACCCGGUGCAAGACAUAGAAGACCCUAUAGAAGUCAAAAAUACUCUAGUAAAAAAGAUUAUCAAGAAGAGAAUACCUUCUGAGAACACUUUUAAUCUUAUUGACAAUUCCCCAAUAGAAUUAUGGGAAAAUGACAGCAUUAGCGAAAACUUAUUGCUAGACUUUACUGAUGAAAAUGGGGGAAACACAAUUCCAUUUCCAACAGACCUAAACAAUUUACCUUGGUGGUUAGAGUUAUUAGAAAGACCCUCAGAACAUUAUUAUAGAGAAUUUAACAACUUCUCUAAUACUUAUCUUAGUAACUCCAUUUGGAAGACCACCAAUCCAGUUAA